CGCCUCACUUCAGCUGCGGACACAACACAGGCAGCUUCAAAGAGCUCGUGGACCUACAGAGGCGAGGAGCGCUGUGAUGUGGUGUCACUGGGCUGUGGCGUCUGAGCAACACUUUGAUGGAGUAACACCCGCUGCUGCCGGUUAAAACUGAUCAUUUUUGGGUUUGGAAGAGAACGAGAGCGCGUGCCGCACGCGGAGACUGAAAAAAAAAAAGAAAGAAAGAAAAUGCUCUUCUAGCGCGAGCGCUGACGGGUUCGCUUCACAUAAAUUCAACUUUGGAGCCAUUAUUUGUUUCCCUUCCUUCUUGUUUCUGCUUUGGAGCCUGGAGCAACUUUUGUUUCCGUCGUGUUUUUACCUGCUGUCCGUUUGACUCGGAGCGUGAAGAGCCGUGGACGAGAUGGAGAGCGAGAAGUACUUACCGGAGCUUCAGGCGGAGAAGGACUCGUUGGACCCCUCUUUUCAGCACUCCCUGCGGCUGCUGGAGCAAGAGAUAGAAAAAAUCCAGAGAGAUGAGGGGAAGGAGGAGGAGAAGUUCAUUGACGUUGUCAUCAACAAGAACAUGAAACUGGGCCAGAAAGUUUUAAUACCAGUCAAGCAGUUUCCUAAGUUUAACUUUGUCGGCAAGCUCCUCGGGCCACGUGGGAACUCGUUAAAGAGACUACAAGAGGACACCCUCACAAAGAUGUCGAUUCUCGGAAAAGGAUCCAUGAGAGACAAAGAGAAGGAAGAAGAGCUAAGGCAGAGCGGCGAGGCCAAAUAUCACCAUCUGAAUGAAGACUUACAUGUCCUCAUCGAGGUAUUCGCUCCGCCAGCUGAGGCCUACGCCAGGAUGGGCCACGCUCUAGAGGAGAUCAAGAAGUUUCUCAUUCCAGACUACAAUGAUGAGAUCAGACAAGCCCAGCUGCAGGAGCUCACAUACCUGAACGGUGGCUCCGAGGAUGCCAAGGUGCCAUCGGUCAGGGGCAAGUCGGCAGCCCGUGGCAGGGGGACACCUGUUCCAGGGCUUCCAAGGAGUCGUGGAGGAGUUCCACCGCUGCAUGCAGCAGUUCCCCGAGGAGCAGCGCCCCGAGGAUCUCCGCCCAGCCGGGCCCCAUCCUCUAGAGGAAGAGGAGUCCAAAGAGCCAGAGGCGCCCCACCAGCUGCUGGCUACAGGGCAGCUCCACCCAUAGUGCAGGACACAUACGGUGAAUAUGAUUAUGACGACGGCUACGGAACCGCUUACGAUGACCAAGGGUACGAGUCUUAUGACAACAGCUACAGUAAUCAAGGACAAAACUCAGAUGACUACUAUGAAUAUGGACACAGCGGGGAGUCAUAUGAGUCGUACGGUCAGGAAGAGUGGGCAAACAGUCGCGGCAAGGCUCCGUCGGCGCGGACGGCCAAGGGAGCGUACAGGGAUCAGCCAUACUCCAGAUACUGAACUGUUUUUACGAGCCGCACCCCCCGAUGCCUCAUGGCGGUUUCAACCCAAGUAAUGGAUUUUUUUAUGGACGCUCCCAUCUUUUUAGAAUUGAAAACCGAAUCUGCGACGUAACAGACAAACAAAACUCUGAACUGAAAGUAUUAUAACUUGAAAAUCAUACUCUUGACUUGGAAAAGAAAAAAACCUUAAAGCAGUUUAGGUAAGCUAUUCGCCCUCUCUGCAGUAGAAUCGACAGAAAGUUAAGGCUAAAAAAAAAAAAAAGACUCCAUAGUACAUUAAGUUUCUCUCUCAGCUAUGUGAUUGUGAAGAAUGUCAUUGUAUCAGGCUAUUUUACUUGGUAAUGAUUAGUGAGCCACUGUAAGCUGUUGGAUACAAUGCUUCCACACAGCUGACAGUGCAACUUAAUUUAUCACCCUCUAUUCUUUAGACCUCUGAAAUGUUAGUAGAUUAGUUUCUAGGAAAGUGCAGUACUGUAGAUACUUUCUCCUGAAGGAUAAUUGGUGAACUUUGUGUCCCUUGUAAAUUAAACAUUUGCAAACUGAAAAAAAAGAAGAGAUAAGUCAUUCUGUAUACACAUUGUAUUGCUGUUUCUUCCUCUUUUUUAAUGUAAAAUAACAGUCCAGUUGGUGUUAAAGGGCUUAUAGAAGCAUGGUGUGCAACUGCGGACGUUACCAGCUGUUUAAAGAAGCCUGUGUAGUUGUGAUCAUUGGUUUUGCCCCCAAACAUCUCCUUAAGUCCAUUCAGAAAUAGCUGCGCCUGCUUUUUGUAUGCUGAUCCACCGUAGCUACCAAAAGCUUUGGGAGCUUUCAAAUGUCUGCCUUUCUUUUUAGAUGCUCCUGCUGAGCAUUUGUGAUGCUCCUCGUUUUUAUGCUUUUAGAGAAUAUGAAACGUGAUACAUUGCUGGUAAAAAGUUUACAUUCCCUCAUCUUAGGCAUAAAUGUCCUAAAUUAUAUCCAGGCUCAGAUGGUUACAGAUACUUCAUGUAAUUUGGUUACAUUUAGAUUUACAGGUGGUAAAGAACCUAUAGAUGUUCUGCCACGAUUCUGCCUGAACUUGUUUCUGGCACAUGAGGUAGUGGUACACUGGGGGCCCAUAUACACUGGCUGACCUUGUGACCUUUACUGCAUGUCUUCUUCCCUUUCUCUCUCUGCCCAUUUCCUGUUUGAUUACUACAAGUAAAGGUCAUUAGUGCCACCAAAAAAGAAAAGAAAAAACUUGAUAGGUUUCUUGGGACUGACCUGGCUUUCAAGCACAGUCCGCAAUUCUUGAAUAGGGAAAAGUCAGGGACAUGUUAGCCUGCUUUAUCAGCUCCAAAAUAUGUUUUGAUGUGUGUUUGGGUUCAUUGACCUGCUGGAACAUGAUGUUGUGCAAGAAAAACACAGCAUAUAUGGAUUUUAGAGCAGCUGCUAGAUUGUAAGAUGUGUUUUCUUCACAAGGCACAAGAAAAUUCUUCUUAUCUCAGCUAAUGUCAAAAACCUAAUUACAGGACCUGACUCCUGACAACAGAUAUUGUCUAUGUAGCAAACAAGAACAGUUCAGACUCUUUGUACAAUAUCUGAUGUUCACAAUACCAAGAUCUGAUUAGUAAACUGCAAAAAGGUUUGUGUAAUUUCCUGACUUUUGGAGAUUUGUUCUGCUGUGCUGAUUGACUCUGUGAGGUUUGGUUCAGCAAAACACCCAAUAGACUGGUAGAUUUGUCUUGAUUGGGGACCAAAGUUGCAACAUUUGUUCCAUUUUCAGCUGAUGAUAUUUUUUCACACUGCUUUGUGUCAAACAAUCCAAACCAAUUGAAAAACCUGGUCCCCUCCUCACCUGUGGUGGUACUGCACCGAGAACCACUGAGGCAAACGACAUGAAAAGCUCUGAAGAAGACACCGAGUACAACUGCUUUCUUCAAGAAAUGUAAACAAAAAUGGAGUGGCAGGAGAUUUUAAUGGUUGUAAGAUUUCUAUUUUUGUCUUUGGCGAAAGAACACAAACCAUUUCUCCCCCAAGCGUUAGACUCACACAUUUGCUUUGGUUGUAUUUACCCAGAAUGCCCUGUGUUAUAGUCCUCUUCCUGCUUUUGAAGCAGUCUUUGGUUCACUUGGUAUUCACAUAUGCAUUCAAACUGAACAGAGACCCAGGUUUGUAGGAAGACCUGAGUUUGUUUGCUUUUUUGGUCCACAUCAGAGUUCAAUUACCCAUUCCCACCUCCCCAAAUGAACCCGACUUUCUGGGCAAACAAACUAGAAUUCGAUUAAUGCAGAUUAAUCAGAGCUAGUUUGAAUGCACCCUAUAUCUUAAUAAGUAAUGAACCAACAGCAUGUCUAAGUUUUAACCACCUGAGCCAAGCAGCUCCCGUCAGAUGGAAGAAUGUUAAUUUGGAUGUCCAAGAACAUUAUGAAGCUAAUAAUGCAGUAUAAUGUGAUGGAACCUUAAUGUCCACAAUGAAGGCAAUUCUAUCAUGGACUUAGAAGAAUCUCUUCACAGUUGGCCAUAUGGACAAGACAAAGGCUGUCUAGAGAAAUGUUUCAUGGUUAAUAAUAAGAGUCAAUGUGAUUCAUUCAAAACAAAGAAAACUUCACAAACUGUUGUACAGACUAUUGGAAUAAUGACGACUAAACACAACUGACAAGUUCUUCAGUUUCAUCUUGGCUGCUACAUGCUUGAAACCUGGUCAUAGUUGGUUGUUGGAACAGGACAAUAACCCAAACAGCUAUUAAGCUUUGUAUUGGCCCCAACCUUUGCCACAUUGACGGAUUUAUGUAAUGUGCUUAAAAGCCGGGGCAGGGCAGGGCAAUGAGGGCAAUCAGAAUGAAUUCAACCAAUUUAGGCAGAAUUAUGCCAGAAGCUUGGUCACGAAACUGUGUAGUUUCUCUUCCACUUGCUAUGACACAUUUAACCAAAUCUAAUGGGAGUGUAUGGA